UCCGGGCCGCCGCUGAGCCCAGCCGAGCCGCGCUCCCCCCGGCUGCCGCUCUCGCUCCGGCUCCUGCUCGUCCUCGGCUCCACCUCCGCCUUGGCGGCGCGACCCAGCCCCUGGCGCAGCCCCGAGCGGCCACCCGCCGCCAGCCCCGCGCCCGCCGCGCAGCCCCGGCCCGGCGCGAUGGGGGCCGCCGCCGGCUGCAGCGCCCACCUGGGGCCGGCGCCCGCGGGCCGCCCGCCGCGCGCCCUGCUCCUGCUGCAGCUGCUGCUGCUCGUCGCGGCCCUUGGGACCGCGCAGGCCCAGACCGUGGAGUUCCCGGAGCUGUGCAGUUAUAUAUGGGAAGCUGUUGAUAUCAAAAAUAGCAUACUUUAUAAAAUCAGCGUCUGUGGAAACGUGGAUACCGUCCAGUGUGGGCCGUCAAGUGCGGUUUGCAUGUACAACUUGAAGACAAACACCUACCGCUCAGUGGGCGACUCUCAUUUGAAAAGUGCAACCAAGUCACUUCUGGAAUUCAACACGACGGUCAGCUGUGAUCAGCAAAGCACAGGCCACAGAAUCCAGAGCAGCAUCACCUUCCUGUGUGGGAAAACCCUGGGAACUCCUGAAUUUGUGACUGCCACAGAAUGCGUGCAUUACUUUGAGUGGAGGACCACGGCAGCCUGCAAGAAGGACACCUUCAAAGCUAAUAAAGAGGUGCCCUGCUAUGUGUUUGACAGAGAGUUGAAGAAGCACGAUUUAAACCCGCUCAUCAAGAUAAGUGGCGGCUACUUGGUGGACGACUCCGAUCCGGACACGUCCCUGUUCAUCAACGUCUGCAGAGACAUAGACUCACUGCGGAACUCAAGUCCACAGUUGCGGGCCUGUCCUGCUGGCACUGCUGCCUGCCUCCUGCGAGGGGACCAGGCCUUUGACGUUGGGCAGCCCAAGGAAGGACUGAAGCGAGUGAGCGAAGAUAGGCUCGUCCUGAGUUACACGAAGGAAGGGACGGGACAGCCAGACUUUUGUGAGGGUCACAGCCCUGCGGUGACGAUUACAUUUAUGUGCCCUUCUGAGCGGAGAGAGGGCACCAUUCCCAAACUCACUGCCAGAUCCAAUUGCCGCUAUGAGAUCGAGUGGGUCACUGAGUACGCCUGCCACAGAGAUUACCUGGAGAGCAGAGACUGUACUCUGAGCAGCGCGCAGCACGACAUCGCCGUUGACCUCAGACCCCUGGCCCAGCCUGGAGGGUCCCCCUAUGCUGCCGAUGGAAACGAGUACAUUUAUAUGAACGUCUGUGGAGAAGCGGAGAUUCCGAUCUGCAAUAAGAAGGGGGCUGCAGUUUGCCAAGUGAAGAAGGCGGAUUCCACUCAAGUCAAAGCCGCAGGGAGACACCAGAGCCAGACCCUCCGAUACUCCGAUGGAGACCUCACCCUGAUCUACUGAGGCGACGCGUGCAGCUCUGGCUUCCAGCGGAUGAGCGUCAUAAACUUCGAGUGCAACGAAACCGCAGGUAACCACGGGAAGGGCGAGCCUGUGUUCACCGGGGAGGUGGACUGUACCUACUUCUUCACCUGGGACACCAGGUACGCCUGCGUCAAGGAGAAGGAGGGCCUGCUCUGCGGUGCCAGCGACGGGAAGAAGCGCUACGACCUGUCCGCGCUGGCUCGCCACUCAGAAUCAGAGCAGAAUUGGGAAGCCGUGGUUGGCAGCCAGACAGAAGCAGAAAAGAAGCAUUUCUUCAUCAACGUGUGUCACAGGGUGCUGCCCGAGGGCAAGGCCAUAAGCUGCCCUGAAGACGCUGCUGUGUGUGCUGUGGAUAAGAAUGGAAGUAGUCUGGGGAAGUUUGUGUCCUCGCCCACAAAAGAGAAAGGAAACAUUCAGCUUUCCUACUCAGAUGGUGAUGAUUGUGGUGGUGACAAGAAAAUAGCCACUAACAUCACACUCGUGUGCAAGCCAGGUGACCUGGAGAGUGGCCCGGUGUUGAGAGCGUCCAGGGACGAUGGCUGCUUCUACGAGUUUGAGUGGCACACGGCAGCAGCCUGCGUGCUCUCGAGGACGGAAGGGGAGAACUGCACGGUCUUCGACUCCCAGGCAGGGUUUUCUUUUAAUUUGUCACCGCUCACAAAGAAAAUGGUUGCCUACAAAGUGGAGACGGACAAGUAUGACUUCUACAUUAAACGUCUGCGGAGGCGGUGUCCGCGAGCCAUGUCGCCAGACGCCGGGGCCUGCCAGGUGGCGAAGAGUGAUAGGAAGUCUUGGAACUUGGGACUGAGUAAUGCUAAGCUUUCGUAUUACGAUGGGAUGAUCCAGCUGAGCUACAGGGACGGCACGCCCUACAAUAACGAGAAGCACACCCCGAGGGCGACCCUGAUCACUUUUCUCUGCGAUCGAGAGGCUGGAGUCGGCUUCCCUGAGUACCAGGAAGAGGACAGCUCCACCUACAACUUCCGGUGGUACACCAGACGCCUGCCAGAGGAGCCCCUGGAGUGGUGUGGUGACGACCCCUCCACGCUGGAGCAGUAUGAUCUGUCCAGUCUGGCAAAGUCUGAAGGUGGUCGUGGAGGAAACUGGUUUGCCAUGGACAGUUCAGGGGAGCACGUCCACCUGAGGAAGUAAUACCUCAACGUGUGCCGGCCCCUGAACCCCGUGCCGGGCUGUGAUCGAUACGCGUCUGCCUGCCAGAUGAAGUACGAGGAGAAUCAGGGCUCCUACACCGAGGCAGUGGCCAUCAGCAACCUGGGGGUGGCCACGGCGGGCCCCAUGGUGGAAGAGAGCGGCAGCCUGCUCCUGGAGUACGUGAACGGCUCGGCCUGCACCACCAGCGAUGGCCGGCUGACCACCUACAGCACCAGGAUCCACCUAAUCUGCUCCAGGGGGAGCCUGAACACCCACCCCAUAUUUUCUCUCAGCUGGGGGUGUGUGGUCAGUUUCCUGUGGAAUACGGAGGCUGCCUGCCCUGUGCAGACGAUGACAGACACUGACCAGGCUUGCUCUAUAAGGGACCCCAACACUGGAUUUGUGUUUGAUCUCAACCCACUCAACAGCUCACAAGGAUACGUGGUCUCGGGCAUUGGGAAGACUUUUGUGUUCAACGUGUGUGGCACGAUGCCCGUCUGCGGGACCAUCAAUGGAAAACCAGCUUCUGGCUGUGAGGCAGCCACCCAGACAGAAGAGCUGAAGAACCUGAGACCGGAAAGGCCUGUUGGAUUCCAGAAGAGCCUGCAGCUGUCCACUGAGGGCUUCCUGACCCUGACCUACAAAGGGUCUCCUCCUGCUGACAAAGGCACUGCGUUUAUCAUCCACUUUCUCUGCAACGAUGACGUCUACCCAGGCACCGCCAGAUUCCUGCACCAGGACAUCGACUCCACACGAGGCAUCCGCAACACCUUCUUUGAGUUUGAGACGGCUUUGGCCUGCAUGCCUUCUCCAGUGGAUUGCCAAGUCACCGACCCCGCUGGGAACGAGUACGACCUGAGCGCUUUAAGCACGGUCAGGAAGCCGUGGACUGCAGUGGACACCUCCGUGGAUGGCAGGAAGAGGACCUUCUACCUGAGCGUCUGCAACCCUCUGCCUUAUGUGCCCGGCUGCCAUGGCAGCGCAGUGGGGUCGUGCCUUGUGUCAGAGGACAACAGCUGGAACCUGGGUGUGGUGCAGAUCAGCCCCCAGGCGGCGGCCAACGGGUCCCUGAGCAUCGUGUAUGUCAACGGCGACAAGUGUGGGAACCAGCGCUUCUCCACCAGGAUAAUGUUCGAGUGCGCACAGACCUCGGGCUCGCCCACGUUCCAGAUGCUGGACGACUGUGAGUACGUGUUUGUGUGGAGGACGGUGGAGGCCUGUCCCGUGGUCAGGGCGGAAGGGGACAACUGCCAGGUGAAGGACCCCAGGCACGGCAACCUGUAUGACCUGAGGCCUCUGGGCCUCAGUGACACCGUCGUCAGCGCUGGCGAGUACACCUACUACUUCCGAGUCUGUGGGAAGCUGUCCUCAGGCGUCUGCUCCACCUCUGACAGGUCCAGGGUGGUCUCAUCAUGUCAGGAAAAGCGGGGACCAGAGGGAUUUCACAAAGUGGCAGGCCUCCUCACUCAGAAGCUGACGUACGAAAACGGGGUGUUGAAGAUGAACUCCACGGGGGGCGACACCUGCCAUCAGGUGUACCAGCGCUCCACCACCGUCGUCUUCUACUGCGACCGGAGCACGCAGAAGCCAGUGUUCCUGAGGGAGACUUCAGAUUGCUCCUACCUGUUCGAGUGGCGGACCCAGCUCGCCUGCCCCCCCUUCAACGUGACCGAGUGCUCCUUCAAGGAUGGUGCCGGCAAUUCCUAUGACCUCUCGCCUCUGUCGAGAUACAGCAACAACUGGGAGGCGGUGACCAGGACGGGGGCCACCGAGCACUACCUCAUCAAUGUUUGCAAGUCCCUGGCUCCACAGGCCGGCACUGAAUCAUGCCAUCCGGAGGCGGCCGUGUGUCUGCUGGGUGGCCCCAAGCCUGUGAACCUCGGCAGGGUGAGGGACGGUCCGCAGUGGAGAGACGGUGUGACUGUCCUCAAGUACACGGACGGUGACUUGUGUCCAGACCAGAUUCGGAAAAAGUCAGCCACCAUCCGAUUCACCUGCAGUGAGAGCCAAGUGAACUCUAGGCCGCUGUUCAUCAGUGCGGUGGAGGACUGCGAGUACACCUUCUCCUGGCCCUCGGCUGCUGCCUGUCCCGUGAAGAGCAGCGUGCACGAUGACUGCCAGGUCACCAACCCCAGCACAGGACACCUGUUCGACUUGAGCUCCCUGAGUGGCAGGGCUGGCUUCACGGCCGCCUACAGCGAGAAGGGGCUCGUCUACAUGAGCAUCUGUGGGGAUAACGAGAACUGCGCUCCCGGCGUGGGGGCCUGCUUUGGACAGACUAGAAUCAGCGUGGGCAAGGCCAGCAAGAAGCUGAGCUACGUGGACCAGGUCCUACAGCUGGUGUACGAGGACGGGUCCCCAUGUCCCUCCAAAUCUGGCCUGAGCUAUAAGAGUGUCAUCAGCUUCGUGUGCAGGCCUGAGGCCGGGCCCACGAACAGGCCCGUGCUCAUCUCCCUGGACAAGCAGACCUGCACCCUCUUCUUCUCCUGGCACACGCCCCUGGCCUGCGAGCAGCCGACGGAGUGUUCUGUGAGGAACGGAAGCUCCAUCAUCGACCUGUCCCCGCUCAUCCACCGCACUGGUGGGUACGAGGCCUACGACGAGAGCGAGGACGACGCCUCCGACACCAACCCGGACUUCUACAUCAACAUCUGCCAGCCGCUGAAUCCCAUGCACGGCGUGCCCUGCCCCGCCGGUGCCGCCGUGUGCAAAGUUCCAGUCACUGGCCCCCCAAUGGAUAUUGGCCGGGUCACAGGUCCUCCGAUACUCAAUCCGGUGGCCAAUGAAAUCUACUUGAAUUUUGAAAGCAGCACGCCGUGCCUGGCGGACAAGCACUUCAACUACACCUCGCUCAUUGCCUUCCACUGCAAGAGAGGCGUCAGCAUGGGGACUCCUAAGCUGAUACGGACCAGCGAGUGUGACUUCGUGUUUGAGUGGGAGACGCCGAUCGUCUGUCCGGACGAGGUGAAGACAGAGGGCUGCGCCCUGACGGACGAGCAGCUGCUGUACAGCUUCAACCUGUCCAGCCUCUCCAGGAGCGCCGUCAAGGUGACGCAGGGGUCGCGCACGUACAGCGUGGGGGUGUGCACCGCGGCGGCUGGCCCCGAGCAGGGUGGCUGCAAGGACGGCGGCGUCUGUCUGCUAUCGGGGAGCAAGGGGGCGUCGUUUGGCCGGCUGGCGUCCAUGCGGCUGGAUUACAGGCACCAGGACGAAGCGGUCAUCCUGAGUUACGUGAAUGGCGACACCUGCCCUCCAGAAACUGAGGUGGGCGACCCCUGUGUCUUCCCCUUCGUGUUCAACGGGAAGAGCUACGAGGAGUGCGUCCUGGAGGGAAGGGCGCGGCUUUGGUGCAGCACCACCGCGGACUACGACCGGGACCGUGAGUGGGGCUUCUGCAGGCAAACCAACAGCCACCGGACGUCUGCGAUCAUAUUUAAGUGUGACGAAGACGAGGAUGUCGGGAGGCCUCAGGUCUUCAGUGAAGUCCGAGGGUGUGAGGUGACCUUCGAGUGGAAAACGAAGGUCGUGUGCCCGCCCAAGAAGAUGGAGUGCAAGUUCAUCCAGAGGCACAAGACCUACGACCUGCGGCUGCUCUCCUCCCUCACCGGGUCCUGGUUCUUCGUCCACGAAGGGACCUCGUACUUCAUCAAUCUGUGCCAGAGAAUAUAUAAGGGGCCGCUGGACUGCUCAGAAAGAGCCAGCGUCUGCAAGAAGAGCGCGUCUGGUCAAGUGCAGGUCCUGGGCCUCGUCCACACGCAGAAGCUGGACGUCAUAGAUGACAAAGUCAUCGUCACUUACUCAAAAGGCUAUCCCUGUGGUGAGAAUAGGACUGCGUCCUCUGUGAUAGAGCUGACCUGUGCGAAGACGGUGGGCAGGCCUGCGUUCGAGAGGUUUGAUAUCGAUAGCUGCACCUACUACUUCCGCUGGGACUCUCGGGCUGCCUGCGCUGUGAGGCCUCAGGAAGUGCGGAUGGUGAAUGGGACCCUCACCAACCCUGUGAACGGCAAGAGCUUCAGUCUCGGGGACAUUUAUUUUAAGCUGUUCAGUGCCUCUGGGGACAUGAGAACCAACGGGGACAGCUACCUGUAUGAAAUCCAGCUCUCCUCCAUCUCGGGCUCCACAAACCCUGCGUGCUCCGGAGCCAGCAUCUGCCAAGUCAAGCCCAGCGACGAGCACUUCAGCAGGAAAGUGGGAACCUCCGACAGAACCAAGUACUACGUCCAAGAUGGCGACCUGGAUGUUGUGUUUGCCUCUUCCUCCAAGUGCGGGAAAGAUAAGACCAAGUCUGUCUCCUCCACCAUCUUCUUCCACUGCGACCCUCUGGUGAAGGACGGGAUCCCAGAGUUCAGCCACGAGACCGCCGACUGCCAGUACCUCUUCUCCUGGUACACCUCGGCCGUGUGUCCUUUGGGGGUGGGCUUUGACGGUGAGAGCGCUGGACCAGACGGGCAGGGGCACAAGGGGCUCUCGGAGCGGAGCCAGGCCGUCGGCGCGAUCCUCAGCCUGCUCCUGGUGGCGCUCACUGGCUGUCUGCUGGCCCUGCUGCUUCACAAGAAGGAGAGGAGGGAAACCGUGAUUAACAAGCUCAGCAAUUGCUGUCGAAGAAGCUCACAUGUGUCCUACAAAUACUCAAAGGUGAACAAGGAAGAAGAGACAGAUGAGAAUGAAACAGAGUGGCUGAUGGAAGAGAUCCAGCCACCGACCCCAAGGCUGGGCAGAGAAGGGCAGGAAAACGGCCACAUCACCACCAAGUCCGUGAAAGCAGAGGCCCUCACUUCCCUGCAUGGGGAUGACCAGGACAGUGAGGAUGAGGUCCUGACCAUCCCGGAGGUGAAAGUCCACUCGGGCAGAGGAGCCGGGGCAGGGAGCUCGCAGCCCGCAAGAGACGCACAGAAGGUCCUUCAGGAGAGGGAGGACGAUCGGGUGGGGCUGGUCCAAGGCGGGAAGGCCAGGAAAGGGAAGCCCAGGCCUGGGCAGCAGAAGACGGGGACCUCGGCCACGCUGGUGUCCUUCCAUGAUGACAGUGACGAGGACCUUUUACACAUCUAACUCCGUGGUGCCUACAGGAGUGCGUGGAGCGUGGACAGCCAAGCACCUCCAACCAAAUGAGACUUCCGCUCGACGCUUCUAGAGUUUGCCUUUAACUGCUUCCGAAGGGAGGAGCUCCGUGCCGGGGCAGGGGCGGGAGGCCAGCCCACUCCUCCCUGGUGGCUCACAGGCUGGAACAGGCCCUGCUCACGGCUGGCAGGCGGUACCUCACGCCAGGGUUUGCCCAGUCCCCCUUCACAGGCUUCGCCGCCUAGUGCCAGGCCAGGCGCCAGGCCGGGCGCCCCUCGGGGCCGGGCCGUGUGGAGGAAGAGUCUUGCUGCUUCUGACCCGUAGGCCUCUGACCCGUGCUCAGCAUCUUAACUCUCCCCUAUUUAUUGACUUUGACAAUUACUCAGGUUUGCGAAAAAGGAGACAAGAAAACAGCUGCGGCUCUUCCUGCCUGCAGGUGGGCGUCCGUGGCGGGAAGGGCAGCCGAGCCGCGGCGUCCGGCGGGGCCUGAACUGGUGGUGGUGCGUGCGCUGAGCUGGAGUGCUCGAUCCCUCUCUGCCCUUCUGCCUCCGUCCCUCGGGAGCCCAGGGUGCACAGGGUCCCGUGCCUGGGUCUGGAGGGUCGCCUGUUCUGCGCCUUGCCUCCGUCGCGGCCCUGGCUCUGUGCACAUCUUCAGCCCCAGGUGGACAGAGCACGCUGGUCAGUAUUGCUCUCGCUGGCUGGUGACCACGACGGCUCACCCAAAGAUUGGUUUUUGCGCCCCGUUUUCCGUGCGUGUGCAUGGAGCCGAGGUAUCGAGGAAGCAGCGUCUCCAGGUUUGGGCUGCAGCUCUCAUUGCUUCCGAGUCUCAUGGCGUGCCACCCUUACUGUGCUUAUUUUUUUAAGAAAUAAACAGUGUCUGUCAACCAUUCGACCUAUAAGAAGCCUUAAUAUGCACAGUGUGUGACUUACAGGAAUCACGUGAGAUAGCGGCCAGCGUCCGCCGCGCCCGCGCUCGGCUCCGGCUCUGGCUCUGGCUCUGGGAGCCGAGGCUGGGCACCCGGAGGUGCAGGAGGGAGGCAGCAGCCCUCCUCCGCUGCCGCGCACCCUUUCUUGAAGUGUUUGCGGAACUUCUCGCAUUGUCGGAUUGUACAUAGACUGUGGUAUUCAUAUUCUGAAAAGCAAACCACCCCACAGAAGUUCUUGGUUUGUGCCGGGUUUGGCUGGCUUAUUUUAUUUCAACAUGAGUGUAUUUUUUAAAAUUGAUUUUUCUCUUAAUUUUUUUUUCCAAUCAACUUUACUGUAAAAUACAGUAUUCAACAAUUUCAAUAAAAGAUAAAUUAUUAAUUGGA